CGCAGCCGGCCGAGAGUCCCACCAGCGGUCCCGGAGCCUGCGGUUGCGUCCGAGGCGCUGCCCCCGCUUCCACCGCUCACAAUGGGCCCGGGUCCCCAGCUGCUGCUACCUCUCGUGCUUUGCGUGGGGCUCAGCGCUCUCGUACCUUCUGCGGGAGCGUCAGGCGUCCGCAAGCGAGGCCCCUCGGUGACGGCCAAGGUCUUCUUUGAUGUGAGGAUUGGAGAUAAAGAUGUUGGCAGAAUUGUGAUUGGCCUCUUUGGAAAAGUUGUGCCCAAGACUGUGGAAAAUUUUGUCGCUCUGGCAACAGGAGAGAAAGGAUAUGGAUAUAGAGGAAGCAAAUUUCAUCGCGUCAUCAAAGAUUUCAUGAUUCAAGGAGGAGACUUCACCAGUGGAGAUGGCACUGGAGGUAUAAGCAUUUAUGGUGAGACAUUUCCAGAUGAGAACUUCAAACUGAAGCAUUACGGCAUUGGGUGGGUCAGCAUGGCCAAUGCUGGGCCUGACACCAAUGGCUCUCAGUUCUUUAUCACCUUGACCAAGCCCACCUGGUUGGAUGGCAAACAUGUGGUAUUUGGAAAAGUCAUUGAUGGAAUGACAGUGGUCCACUCCAUAGAACUGCAGGCAACUGAUGGGCAUGACCGUCCACUCACCGACUGCUCCAUCAUCAACAGUGGCAAGAUAGAUGUGAAAACACCCUUUGUGGUAGAGGUCGCUGACUGGUGACACAAUUGGCAGAGAACAAAGAAGAACACACUCUGCCAGGGGUGUGUAUCUCAAUUUGAAAACCUGAACCUUUUUCUUCCAACCUGGACACAAAACACAGGUCUCCUUCCUGUGCCUCUUCUGGACACCAAGACCUACGCUGGAACAGAAUGUCUUGAGGAGAGGAGUAAGAACUGGUCAGCCUGGAGCAGAGAUAGUCAAGACUUGAUUUAUCCCUGCUGUCCUGGAAGUACACCUCUCUUAUAAAGACCUAAGGACUUCUGAAUUGCCUCCAAGCCUGUACAAGCCGCUCUCUCUGCCCAGUGAGCCUCCGCCACCCUUAUCUGCUCCCUGCCAUUCUUCAGGACUCCGUAUCUGGGAUCCCUCCCUCGGUGAGCCUUCACUGGAAACUUCCUCACACUGUGUUCUGACUCCUUACUUCCUGGGUGUCUCCUAUCUCCUCCUUGGACUGGAAGUUGCUCUCGGCCAAAGUUUAGAUCAUACUCCUCAUCUCCCCCCGAAGACAGACAGUGUUUCACGCAUAACUGAUGCUCAAUAAGUAUGUUCAGAAUCGGUAACCAAAAAUAACCCACCUACAAUUAUACUAUGAGGUAUUUAAACUCUCUCA